GACCAGCGGGAUCCUGAAGCCGUGUGCCCGAGUUCUGGGUGGCAGCGGUCGCCCCUGGCCAAGGAGGCGAGGCAGCAGUUGUAGCCUCAGUGCCUGAAGUCCCUCCAGGAAACAGUCGGAGGAAAGUUUGGUGGUCUCCUGCGCCGCCUGCUGGCCCCCCACCCAGAGUCCCCUCCCCCGCCCGGCGUCUGGAUUCCACCCCCGCGGCCCAGACCCAGUUGCUCUACCCGUCGCCCUGUCGUUUCCCCAACUCCCACUGCGCCCUGUACUCUCCUGUCCCACAUCCUCCUUUUCACCUUUUCCUUCUGCCUGUUAAACCCCUUCCGGCUCCAGCCUCUUCUUUCCCUCUUGUCUCAACGUUUUCUUGCUUAACUCUAUUCUCUCACUUUUCUUUUUUCCUCCUGCUCCAUCUUCCGCAUCUACUUGUACCCCCCUCCCCCGACCCCUUGCCUACUAACAACCCUCCAUCUUAAACUUUGGGUCUUAUGCCUGUCCUCGAAGCUGUGUGUUUUGCCCUUCAUUCCUUGCCCUGAUCUGACUCCUGUCUUUGCUCCCUUAUCCCUCUGGGCCUAUCUGCUUUCAGUGCCCUCUCUUAGCAUUGAGUGGGUGGGGCCUGGAGUUUCUGCUUUGCAUAAAUUCUGUAGUACUGGGGAAGUAGGAGAGGUGGAAAAGAUUGUGAAGAGAUUGGUGCAAAGCUGAGUAAGGAUGAAUGGCUCCACCGACACUUACCAUCGCCUCCUGGCACAAGGUGCCUUGUCCUCAGGGGCCUAGCAUGUUGUCCGGCAUUGGAAGAAGGAAUGGAAUUGGAAGAAAGAAGAUUCAUUCCAGAGACAAAAUAGCUUCCCUUUCCUAUUGUAGCUAUUUCAUCUGGGACUAUAACCUUUCUGCUUUCAGGUUCUGCAGCAUUCCAGAUCACGAACACCAAAUCAGGAUGGGAAAAAGACGUUGUGUUCCUCCCCUUGAGCCCAAGUUGGCAGCAGGCUGUUGUGGGGUCAAGAAGCCCAAACUAUCUGGAAGUGGAACACACAGUCACGGGAACCAGUCUACAACUGUUCCUGGCUCAAGUUCAGGACCUNUUCAAAACCACCAGCAUGUGGACAACAGCAGUGGUCGGGAAAAUGUAUUGGACUUAACUCUGGGACCUGGAAAUUCUCCUAUUACACGAAUGAAUCCUGCAUCUGGAGCCCUGAGCCCUCUCCCCCGGCCCAAUGGAACUGCCAAUACCACUAAGAACCUGGUGGUGACUGCAGAAAUGUGCUGCUACUGCUUUGAUGUACUCUACUGUCACCUCUAUGGCUUUCCACAGCCACGACUUCCUAGAUUCACCAAUGACCCCUAUCCUCUCUUUGUGACCUGGAAGACAGGGCGAGACAAGCGGCUUCGUGGCUGCAUUGGGACCUUCUCAGCCAUGAAUCUUCAUUCAGGACUCGGGGAAUACACAUUAACCAGUGCACUUAAGGACAGCCGAUUCCCUCCCCUGACCCGAGAGGAGCUGCCCAAACUUUUCUGUUCUGUCUCNCUCCUUACUAACUUUGAAGAUGCCAGUGACUACCUGGACUGGGAGGUAGGGGUCCAUGGAAUUCGGAUUGAAUUCAUCAACGAAAAAGGCAUCNAACGCACAGCCACAUAUUUACCUGAGGUUGCUAAGGAACAAGACUGGGAUCAGAUCCAGACAAUAGAUUCCUUGCUCAGGAAAGGUGGUUUUAAGGCUCCAAUUACCAGUGAAUUCAGAAAAUCAAUCAAACUCACAAGAGCAAAGCCAAAGUGCUAUGAAUUCUGUUCUGAUGGCCCCGUGAUGUGGCAUAUUCACCUGGGGAUUGAGACCUUCCUAUAGCCAAGGAUCCAUUAACCUGCUUCAUCAGAGUUUGACCCAGAAUUAGGUAUCGAAGUGAGAAGGUGACAAUCAGUUAUGCAGAGUAUAUUGCUUCUCGACAGCACUGUUUCCGGAAUGGCACUCUUCAUGCCCCGCCCCUCUACAAUCAUUACUCCUGACACACGGCUACAUGACCAGUCCCACCCCCCUGUGGCCACCAAUGGCUAUGACAUCAUUGGAGCAGAUGCCUCCUCUUCCUGGUCCAGUUACUUCUAUUACUGCACCAUUUUAUGAUGCUAGCUUCCCUUGCCAAGU